AUGGAUGGAGUUUCCUCGGCUGCGAGCGUAAUCGCUACGGCCGAUUAUGCGGUCUCAUUCCAUGGCUCUAAUUCUGGACUUCAGGUGGGGAUUAAUAAUGGACCGAUCAAUGCCGAGUUCCAUCUUCUUCCCUCAAGUCUCGAGAAGCUACCCUUCGCACACGGGGCUGCGUUAGAUUCAUAUGCGGAUCAAUAUGAUGACGAAUGUCUCGAAGGUACAAGAACCGAUAUACUACAUAAAAUCAGCGAGUGGGCUUUCUCACCGCACGAGAGAGCUAUAUUUUGGCUGCAGGGGAUGGCUGGGACGGGGAAAUCCACAAUAUCCCGGACUGUGGCAAAAUCACUCAAUCAGACCAACCAUCUAGGAGCCAGUUUUUUCUUCAAGAGGGGCGAAGAAGGCCGAGAUAACGCGAAAAAGAUCUUUCCGACACUGGCAAAGCAACUAAUGCUCAGAGUCUCUGGGAUGAGGUCGGGGGUACAAAAGGCACUCGAUCACGACCCUGAAAUUGCGUCAAAAUCGCUCAAGGAGCAAUUCGAGCAACUACUCCUCCAACCGCUACUCAAUCUCGACCAAGUUGGCGAAUGCCCUCAGACCGCCGUUAUUGUGAUUGAUGCGCUAGACGAAUGUGACCAUGAUCAAGAUAUCCGAAUCAUAAUUCGACUACUACCUGGUCUACAGAGGGUGAAGGCAAUUCGCCUUCGGAUCUUCUUGACUAGCAGGCCUGAACUCCCAAUCAGGCUCGGCUUCUCGGAGAUCGCAGAUCAUGAAUAUCAGGAUUCAGCUCUUCAUGAGAUACCGGAAAAAGUAACGGAACACGAUAUACGUUUAUUCUUACAAGACCGAUUUACGAAGAUCAAACACGACAGAAAUAUUUUGCAAGAUUGGCCCGGGGAUGACAUCAUCCAAGAAUUGGUCACGAUGUCCGUUCCACUGUUUAUUUCGGCUGCUACCGUGUGCCGUUACAUCGAGAAAUCAAAACUGGAACCCAAAUCACUUCUCUCAGAUCUCCUAGCGAACCAAGCUAAAUGUGUAUCGAGAAUGGAUAAGACGUAUCUUCCAAUCCUGGCGCGGGUAUUAGCCGAUCAAGAGAGUGAUAAGUCGGAGCAGCAGCAGCUCCAGCAAGAGUUUCAGGAUAUAGUCGGUGUUAUUAUCCUUCUUGCCGUUCCGCUUUCUAUAAAUACGCUCUCGCUCUUCCUUAGGAUCGAAGCAGACCAUAUCAGCAAUCUAUUGGACUCAUUCCGAUCGGUGUUUAGCAUUCCCGGUGACCAAGACCAGCCUGUCAGGAUUCUACAUCUGUCUUUUCGGGAUUUUCUGGUCCAGUCUGGAGCCAAUUUUCAUGUGGAUGAGCCAAGAAAGCACAAAGACAUUGCUAAGUCCUGUCUCAAAACUAUGCGGAGUCGUCUACAGAAAAAUAUCUGUAAACUGGAAGGCCCCGGCACACGAAGGGGAGACGUCGACCCUCAAUAUAUCCGCCAAUAUCUUCCGCUAGAAUUACAAUAUGCUUGUCGCUACUGGACACACCAUCUCGAAAAAAGCCAGGCUUUAUCUUCCGAGAUAGAUAAUGUGCUGCUAUUCCUCCAGAAGCAUUUUCUGCACUGGGUGGAGGUGAUGAGCCUGCUAGGUUCUAUAUCGGAGGUGGUAGGUAUACUUAGCCUCCUUAAUACGGUUAUACCAAUACAGAGCGACAAAAAUUCUUUACUAUCGGAUUUCCUGCAUGAUGGAAUGCGUUUUGUUCUCAAAAAUCGCCAGAUAGUUGAUAUAGCGCCACUUCAGAUAUAUUAUGCAGGGCUAGUAUUUGCACCUCGAAUGGCAGUAAUCCGUAGAGAGUUCCAGUCGGAGCUUCCUAAUUGGAUAUGCCAGUUCCCCAAAGUUGACGAUAGAUGGAGUGCAGAAUUACAGACUCUCGAGGGCCAUUCGGAUUGGGUUUACUCAGUAGCCUUCUCGCCCGACGGCCGACUGCUGGCGUCCGGCUCUGGUGAUAAUACCGUGCGGCUCUGGGACACAGCGACUGGCAGCCUGCAGCAGACUCUUGAGGGCCAUUCGGACGUAGUCCGCUCAAUAGCCUUCUCGCCUGAUAGCCGGCUGCUGGCAUCCGGCUCUGGUGAUAAUACCGUGCGGCUCUGGGACACAGCGACUGGCAGCCUGCAGCAGACUCUUGAGGGCCAUUCGGACGUAGUCCGCUCAAUAGCCUUCUCGCCUGAUAGCCGGCUACUGGCAUCCGGCUCUAGUGAUAAUACUGUGCGGCUCUGGGACAGGGCGACGGGGGGCCUGCAGCAGACUCUCAAGGGCCAUUCAACCUGGGUUUACUCAGUAGCCUUCUCGCCUAACGGCCGGCUGCUGGCGUCCGGCUGUAGCGAUGAGACUGUACGGCUCUGGGACACGGCAACGGGCGGCCUACAGCAGACUCUCAAGGGCCAUUCGCACGAGGUUCUCUCGGUAGCGUUCUCACCAGACGGCCGGCUAUUGGCGUCCGGCUCUGGCGAUAACACUGUGCGGCUUUGGGACACAGCGAAGGGCGUCCUACAGCAGACUCUGAAGGGCCAUUCGAACUCGGUUUACUCGGUAGCCUUCUCGCCCAACGGCCGGCUGCUGGCGUCCGGCUGUAGCGAUAAGACUAUACGGCUCUGGGACACGGAAACGGGUGGCCUACAACAGACUCUCAAGGGCCAUUUAGCCUGGGUUCUCUCAAUAGUGUUCUCACCAGACGGCCGGCUGUUAGCGUCCGGCUCUUGCGAUAACACCGUGCGGCUCUGGGACACGGCGACGGGCGGCCUACAGCAGACUGCCAAGGGCUAUUGGGACUGGGUUCUCUCGGUAGCCUUGCUCUGGAACAUAGCGACUGGUGGCCUACAGCAGACUCUCAAGGGCUUUCCGGACUGGGUUAUCUCGGUAGCCUUCUCGCCUGAUAGCCGGCUGCUAGCAUCCGGCUCUAACGAUGGCACCGUGCGGCUCUGGGACACAGCGACGGGCGGCCUGCAACGGACUCUUAAGGGCCAUUCAGACUUAGUCCGCUCAAUAGCAUUCUCGCCUGAUAGCCGGCUGCUGGCAUCCGGCUCUGGUGAUAACACCGUGCGGCUCUGGGACACGGCGACGGGCGGCCUGCAGCAGACUCUUAAGGGCCAUUCGGACUCCGUUAACUCAGUGGUCUUCUCGCCCGACGGCCGGCUGCUGGCAUCUGGCUCUAACGAUAGCACCGUGCGGCUCUGGGACACGGCGACGGGCGGCCUGCAGCAGACUCUUAAGGGCCAUUCGGACUCCGUUAACUCAGUGGUCUUCUCGCCCGACGGCCGGCUGCUGGCAUCUGGCUCUAACGAUAGCACCGUGCGGCUCUGGGAUACGGUGACGAGAGGCCUACAAGAGAUUUUGGGGGCCAAUGCAACUGUCCACAAACUUAAGUUUUCUCGGGAUGGCUCAUAUCUCAUGACCAACUGCGGCACUUUCAACGUUCAGCCAGGGCACGGAAAUCAUACUUCUAAUUCAAUUUACAAGAGCUCAGCGAUCUCCAUUAAGCAAGAACAGUGGAUUAACCUCAACGGCAAAGAUGUACUAUGGCUUCCUCCUGAGUUUCGACCUAGCUGUUUUGCGAUAAAUGGGGGCUCUCUUGCCUUAGGCCACGCAUCAGGGCGGAUUUCUUUUAUACGAUUUCGUAUCUAG